UCCUGGUCCGGGGCCGCGUGCGGGGCUGGUGCGGCGGCUGCUCGCCAUGGCGCAGGCGGCCAAGCAGCUCAAGAAGAUCAAAGACAUCGAGGCGCAGGCCUUGCAGGAGCAGAAGGAGAAGGAGGAGUCCAACCGCAAGCGCAGGAACCGCUCGCGGGACCGCAAGAAAAAGGCUGAUGCUGCGACCAGCUUCUUACGGGCGGCACGAUCUGGAAACUUGGACAAGGCUCUGGACCACUUGAGGAAUGGUGUGGAUAUUAACACCUGCAACCAGAAUGGGUUGAAUGCUUUGCACCUGGCCUCCAAGGAGGGACAUGUGAAGAUGGUGGCUGAGUUGCUGCACAAGGAAAUAAUUUUGGAAACCACCACCAAGAAAGGGAACACGGCCUUGCACAUCGCUGCCUUGGCAGGACAAGAGGACGUGGUGAGGGAGCUGGUGAACUUUGGGGCAAAUGUCAAUGCACAGUCCCAGAAAGGCUUUACGCCUCUGUACAUGGCAGCGCAGGAGAAUCACCUGGAAGUGGUCAAGUUCCUGCUGGAGAAUGGCGCCAACCAAAACGUUGCCACGGAAGAUGGAUUCACACCUCUGGCUGUGGCUCUGCAGCAGGGCCACGAAAAUGUGGUGGCUCACCUGAUUAACUACGGGACCAAGGGCAAAGUGCGGCUGCCAGCACUGCACAUAGCUGCACGCAAUGAUGACACUCGGACGGCGGCUGUGCUCCUGCAGAACGACCCCAAUGCGGACGUCCUGUCCAAGACUGGUUUUACCCCACUGCACAUUGCUGCACACUACGAGAACCUCAACGUGGCCCAGUUGCUACUGAACCGAGGCGCAAGCGUCAAUUUCACUCCCCAGAAUGGCAUCACCCCACUGCACAUCGCCUCCCGCCGGGGCAACAUCAUCAUGGUGCGCCUGCUGCUGGACCGGGGAGCCCACAUCGAGACUCGCACCAAGGACGAGCUGACACCGCUGCACUGCGCCUCCAGGAAUGGGCAUGUGCGGAUUGCGGAAAUCCUGCUGGAUCACGGUGCUCCCAUCCAAGCAAAGACCAAGAACGGCCUGUCCCCCAUCCACAUGGCCUCCCAGGGAGACCACCUGGACUGUGUGCGACUUCUGCUGCAGUACAAUGCUGACAUCGACGACAUCACGCUGGACCACCUGACGCCACUGCACGUGGCCGCCCACUGUGGCCACCACCGAGUGGCCAAAGUCCUGCUGGAAAAGGGGGCAAAGCCCAAUGCUCGGGCGCUGAAUGGCUUCACCCCUCUGCACAUCGCCUGCAAGAAGAACCACAUCCGGGUGAUGGAGCUCUUGCUGAAGACGGGAGCCUCCAUUGAUGCUGUCACCGAGUCUGGGCUGACCCCUCUCCAUGUGGCCUCCUUCAUGGGGAACCUCCCCAUCGUCAAGAUCCUGCUGCAACGAGGAGCCUCUCCCAAUGUUUCCAACGUGAAGGUGGAGACCCCCCUACAUAUGGCAGCCCGGGCUGGGCACACGGAAGUGGCAAAGUACCUGCUGCAGAACAAGGCCAAAGUCAAUGCCAAGGCCAAGGAUGACCAGACCCCCCUGCACUGUGCGGCCCGCCUUGGCCACUGCACAAUGGUGAAGCUGCUGCUGGAGAGCGGCGCCGACCCUAAUCUGUCCACAACAGCCGGGCACACGCCCCUGCACAUCACAGCGCGCGAGGGCCACCUCGACUGCGCCUGCGCCCUCCUGGACAAGCAGGCUUCACAGACGGUCAUGACCAAGAAAGGAUUUACCCCUCUGCACGUUGCUUCCAAAUAUGGGAAAGUGGAUGUCGCCAAGGUGCUGCUGGAGCACAAUGCCCAGCCCAACGCAGCGGGGAAGAAUGGCCUCACGCCCCUGCACGUCGCUGUUCACCACAACAACCUGGACAUUGUCAAAGUGCUGCUGCCCAAAGGAGCAUCCCCGCACAGCGUGGCCUGGAACGGAUACACCCCCCUGCACAUUGCCGCCAGGCAGAACCAGAUGGAGGUGGCCAGCAGCCUGCUGCAGUAUGGCGCCUCCGCCAACGCUGAAUCCACGCAAGCUGUGACCCCGCUGCACCUGGCGGCCCAGGAAGGCCACUCCGAUAUGGUGGCCCUUCUCCUCUCCAAGCAGGCCAAUGGCAACUUUGGCAGCAAGAGCGGCCUCACCCCCCUCCACCUGGUGGCUCAGGAGGGGCAUGUCCAAGUGGCAGACGUCCUCCUCCGGGCCGGAGUUCGAGUGGAUGCAACAACGCGGAUGGGCUAUACUCCGCUGCACGUGGCUUCUCACUACGGGAACAUCAAACUGGUGAAGUUUCUGCUGCAGCACCAAGCGGAUGUCAAUUCAAAGACCAAGCUGGGAUACACUCCUCUGCACCAAGCGGCCCAGCAAGGGCACACCGACAUCGUGACCCUCCUGCUCAAGCAUGGUGCCUCGCCCAACGAAGUCAGCUCGAAUGGGGCCACACCUCUGGCCAUUGCCAAGCGUCUGGGCUACAUUUCUGUGACCGAUGUGCUGAAAAUUGUCACUGAUGAGUCCAGCUUCUUGUCAUUCAGUGACAAGCACCACAUGAGUUUACCAGAGACGGUGGACGAGAUCCUGGAUGUGUCCGAGGACGAAGGCACGGCUCACAUAACUCUCCUGGGCGAUGAGUUGCCCGCUACAAAGCCACAGAAGCGGGACUUCCAGUAUCAGGAGGAUGAGAGAGAAAUUGUGGAGUUUGUCCCCAAACUGGACCACACGAGGGAAGAGUCUCCCGCCAUCCCACGAAUCCCGUGUGUGACGCCUGAGACGGUCCUGAUCCGACCCGAGGAGCCAGAACAGGCUUCCAAGGAAUUUGACGAGGAGUCUCUCAUCCCAAGCAGCCCUGCCACAGAGACCUCCGACAACAUCAGCCCUGUGGCCAGCCCAGUCCACACAGGAUUCCUCGUCAGUUUCAUGGUGGAUGCUCGUGGCGGGUCCAUGCGUGGGAGCAGGCACAACGGCCUCCGCGUCAUCAUCCCACCCAGGACGUGCGCAGCACCCACACGCAUCACCUGCCGCCUGGUCAAGCCCCAGAAACUGCAGGCCCCACCUCCUCUGGCCGAGGAAGAAGGGUUGGCCAGCAGGAUCAUUGCCCUGGGCCCUGCCGGAGCACAGUUCCUCAGCCCUGUAAUCGUGGAGAUCCCUCACUUUGCCUCGCACGGCCGCGGUGACAGGGAGCUGGUGGUUCUGCGCAGUGAGAAUGGAUCCAUAUGGAAGGAGCACCGCAGCCGCUAUGGGGAGAGCUACUUGGACCAGGUCCUCAAUGGCAUGGAUGAAGAGCUGGAGAGCCUCGAGGAGCUGGAGAAGAAGAGGAUUUGCCGCAUCAUCACCACGGAUUUCCCUCUUUACUUUGUGGUCAUGUCUCGCGUGUCCCAGGACUGUGACCUGAUUGGCCCAGAGGGUGGCUGUCUGCAGAGCACGUUGGUGCCUCUGGUCCAGGCCACAUUCCCAGAAACAGCAGUCACCAAGAAGGUCAAGCUAGCUCUGCAGGCGCAGCCGGUGCCAGAUGAGCUGGUGACAAAACUUCUGGGGAACCAGGCAACAUUCAGCCCCAUAGUGACAGUGGAGCCACGCCGCAGGAAAUUCCACCGCCCCAUUGGGCUGCGCAUCCCCCUGCCCCCUUCAUGGAGGGAGAACCCCCGGGACAGUGGGGAGGGCGAUACAACCAGCCUGCGGCUCCUCUGCAGUGUCAUAGCAGAUUCAUACCCUACCUUGCAAUCAAUUGAUUCUCAAGGCGACUUACAAGUAACAGGAGGAACAGCCCCAGCACAAUGGGAGGACAUCACAGGGACCACAAAGCUUGUCUAUGCCAACGAGUGUGCAAACUUCACCACCAAUGUUUCUGCCAGGUUCUGGCUGGCAGACUGCCCGUGCACAGCCGAAGCCAUCCAUUUUGCUAUGCUGCUUUACAAAGAGCUGGCGGCUGUGCCCUACAUGGCCAAGUUCGUGGUGUUUGCCAAAAUGAACGAGGGCCGUGAGGGCCGCUUGCGCUGCUACUGCAUGACCGACGACAAAGUGGACAAGACGCUUGAGCAGCAUGAAAACUUCACUGAAGUGGCACGCAGCCGGGACAUUGAGGUGGUGGAGGGGAUGCCCCUGCACACAGAGCUUUCUGGGAACCUGGUGCCCAUCAAGAAGGCCACCCAGCAGCGCAGCUUCCUGUUCCAGUCAUUCCGGGAGAACCGCCUGAUCAUCCCUGUCAAGGUGCGAGACAGCAGCCGGGAAGCCAGCGGCUCCUUGUCCUUCCUCCGCAAAGCCAUGAAGUACGAGGAGCUCCAGCAUGUCCUCUGCCACCUGAACAUCACAAUGCCGCCCUGUUCCAAGAGUUCUGGCAGUGAGGAGCGAAGGAGAACGCUGACGCCGCUAGCCUUGCGUGAGAGAUACAGCCUCCCCAGCGACAGCACCCUGGGCUCAGUAAGCAGCACAGAGAAGGACAGAACAGACAUGAAGAUGGCUGUCAUUGCAGAGCAUUUGGGCCUCAGUUGGGCUGAACUGGCCCGGGAGCUGCAGUUUGGUGUGGAUGACAUCAAUAGGAUCCGUGUGGAGAAUCCCAACUCCCUUCUGGAGCAGAGCCUGGCCCUGCUGAACCUGUGGACCAGCCGUGGCGGCCAGAGUGCCAACAUGGAAAACCUGUACACGGCUCUGCGCAACAUAGACCGCAGUGAGAUCAUCAACAUGCUGGAAGGCUCCUCCCGGCAAAGUCGUAGCCUGAAGGGAGACAAACGCUACUCCAAUCGGGAUUACUCCCUGUCGCCCUCCCAGAUGAAUGGUUAUGCUUCGCUGCAGGACGAGCUGCUCUCCCCCGCCUCCCUGCAUUACUCACUGCCUUCCCCGCUGCGCGCUGACCAGUACUGGAGCGAGGUGGCCGUCAUGGAUGCCGUCCCCAUGGCCGCCAGCGAGCAGGACGCCCUCAUGGAGAUGUCCGACAUGCAGGUGUGGUCCUCGGGGCUGACGCCCUCGCUGGUGACUGCCGAAGACUCCUCGCUGGAGUGCAGCAAGGCCGAGGACUCGGACGCCACGAGCGAAGGCCGGUUCCCGGGGCAGCUCCUGGAGGACGCGCAUGGCCCCGACCCGCUGGGCUCCAUGGACCUGGUGGAGGACGACACAGUGGACUCAGACGCCAUGAAUGGCCUGAUGGACAUGCUAGAGCAGGAGGAAGGCCAGCAGAGGGUGCAGGCCCGCAUCACCGAGUCGCCUACUGUCAGUCGGGUCAUCGACAAGGGCAAAGAGAGGCGGGGCAACUGGGCCGUGGAGAGCACCUUCAUCUCCAGUCUGUCGGACCUGCCCAAGGGGGUGUCCUUGAGCCCCCCGGCGCUGCGGCAGUCGGUGCCCUACAGAGUGCGGGGCCGGGAGAGGGAGAGGCCGGAUCACACCCGGAUGGACUCCUCGGAGGAGAGGGAGUGGGGGCUCCAGCCUGGGAGGCGGCAGGGCCUGGCUAAGUGGCUGGAGGAAGCUGACAGCAGCAUAUUUGGACAAACACAGGGGAAUGAAGCGCUGGAUAUUCCAGGGGAACAAGUGACCGAGGAGCAAUUUACAGAUGAGCAGGGCAACAUUGUCACAAAGAAGAUUAUCCGGAAGGUGGUGCGGCGGCUGGAAACGGAUGGGACAGGCGACGCACGGCAGCACGAAGAGGAGGAGGCUCAAGGGAGUGUCUCAAGAUCGGAGCUUCUCGGGGGCAGGAUGGGGGCUCAGAUAGUGAAACGAGCCAGCCUGAAAAGGGGGAAGCAGUGACACCCCUCACCCCCCACCCCUCGAGUGGCCUCUUUGGAGGGCUUCACCUCGACACCAAUCCACUGACCUCCACCUCCCUCUUGUGCCCCCACGAUGGCCAGGCGAGCGGAGCCACGAGCUCACUGGGGCAGGGCUGGCUCUCCAUGACUCUUUAGGUUACAUGGCAUGAUUUCCGUAAGAGACCUAACUUUACUGUCUUAUUCGCAUGACCGACCGACUGCAGACGCAUGAGCUACAGUUCUUCCUCCUGACCUAAAGCCCGGACCGAGGAGGGGAAGCCGUGCGGGGGCGCCUGCUUCCCGGAGCCCUCUUCUUCUGACGCAGCAGGGAAGGAGUCAGCGGGAUGGCACUCAGCGGCCCAUCCACCCUCGCCCAGCCCUCCCUCAUGCCCAGCCUUCGGUCCAGGUCUGCAGGCCUAGGAGAUGGGAAGCAGAGCAGGGCUGCCCAGGGGGAGAGAAACCCGCCCCCCGGCUGUUCCUGCCCAGUUCGGGUGGAAAAGCGCGGCCUGGACAGUGGCUCAAACCUUGUGUAUACAAUGCGAACAGAUACCUACUAUGCAAACACAAAUAGGGACGUUUGGCAGGAUGGCAUUGGCGCGGCUCCCCGAGAAGCCUCCCCGGGCUGCCAGCCCACAGCGGGACGGAGGCAGGGAGUGCUAAGGAUGGGGCCAGGCCGAGCAGAUCUCCCAGGCUCAUAUCUCUCUCUCUUGCAAAGACACACACACACAUUCGGGGGGCGGGGUGAGCGGUGGAUGGAAGAAGAGAGGGGGGAGGAAGGGCUAGUGCAUGAGCCUCUGCCAGUCCACUUGUGCCAGGCCCACGGGCACCAAACCCUCGGGCUGGAAGAGCGCAGCGUCCUGCUUGCGUCCGAUGCCCGGCUCCACCCAGCACAAUCUGUCGCUCAGGAGAGGUGCAGAGCUGCGUUGCAACCUUACCUGCGUUUCUACACUAGGGAGGACCCGCAAAGGCCUCCCAACUCAGCACAGACGUGGCACCUGCCAAAGUUUCCUGGACCACUUCUAGCUGGGGAGUAGCUGAAUCUCCCCCCCCCCCCCGCAAACCCACUUACACACUCCCACACCAAGUUCCAGGAUGAAUAAAGGGAAGAGCAGCGCACUCUGGGCCUUUUUUCCCUGCCAGAGGAUGCUCUACUGCCCCCUCCCUGCCCCUUGGUGCUUGGGGAAUCCUCCCCCUCCCCAUGACACUUCUUCCAGCCAAGCCAGAAGCCUGGGACUCCUUCCUUGAGCAAAAGGUUGAUCCUUUUAGGAGGCAUCUGCCCUGGGAUUCCAAAGAGAGCGGGGGGGGGAGUUGGUGGGGAGUUAUGCUGGCUGGUUGCCAUGUGACUCCCCCCCCCCCUUUGGACCCAGAAGAGGUGACAAGGGGCACCUGCUUCCUGAGAAAUGCACAAGUUCAGCUCUUUCCCCCAGGGACCCCCCCUUCCAGGCCUUUGGUGCUGUUGCUGCCACCCCAUAUGCAGCAGCCCUGGGUCGUUGACACCCCCCCAAGCAAUCUGGGGCUGGGCAAGCAUGUGGGUCCCACUCUCAUGCACAAGGGGCAGAGUGAUGGGGCGAGGGAAGGGAAGCUGGGGAAAGACCCAAGAAUGUGGUCCAGGCAUCUCCACAGAAAGUAUCAAGAGCUGCCCCAGUGACUAUCAUGCAAAGUACACACAGCAACCCCCCCCCCACCACCUUCAUGCAACAUGUGCCCUGUAUGCCCGCCCGCCCCAAAUUGCUGACACAGCCUUUGCCAUAGACUCUAGCGUGGGCCCCCCCAUGCUUUGGCCUCCUGUAGUGCGUAGGAAAAUGAGCUGCGAACUGUGCCCCCCUCGCCUGCCUGCGGGGCGACGCUUUGCCCGCUGAUUGCUAGUAGGAGCUGUAGGGGAGGGUGAUGCCUAGAGAAUGCUGCCGUCUGCACUCUAGAUGCUUUUUAGAAGUUUAUGAGAUUACUUUUAGUUUCUUUUUUAUUGUUAUGGGAAUUUUUGAGCCUUUUGGCUCCUCCUCCUCCCCUCCCUCUUCCUCCCCACCUCCAUCCCUCACCCCUGAUGUAUAGACCAUCCUCCCUUGUCCACCUGCUACCAGAAUCCAAGUUAAUAAAGAAACCAACACCA